ACUAUGUUGGACACGCACAUGAUGAUGAAAGCAGGAAUUCACAUCUUUUUGGAGGAGAAGCACAUGGAUGAGGCUGCAAACAAGUUCAGUGAUGAAGACUUUGUGAUGAAACUGGCCUAUCUCAGCCAUGUAUUUGGAAAGCUGAAUGAAUUAAAUAUUCAGCUUCAAGACACAGACAAGCAGCUACCGCAACUGGCAGACAAGAUCACUGCAUUCACCCGAAAGCUCGAGAUGUGGGGCAGGCGCCUCGAUCAAGGAAAUACUGAUGUCUUUGAGAAUCUGAGUGAAGUUGCUGAAACCAAUGAUUCUGGAGCCACCACAGUGAUCCCAUGUGUUAAAUGGCACAUCUCUUCCCUGAGAAGAUUAUUUCAAAAAUAUUUCCUAAACAACAGUGCUCAGUAUGACUGGGUUAUGGAUCCAUUCAAUGCAGCAGCACCUGCUGAUUUCAGUUCUGUUGAAGAGGACCAAUGCUUCGAAAUGACCUCUGACUCUACCCAGAGGCUGAGGUUUACCUCUCAGACAUUGUGUGAAUUCUGGCUUGGAGUGGAGAGGCUGUGAGCAUUCUUCUUCCCUUCACCACAUCUUAUCUCUGUGAGAUGGGCUUUUCAGAUGUUGCUUCACUGAAAAGAAAGUGCAGAUCUCAGCUCAACAAUGAGCAUGACUUGAGAGUGGCAGUAUCAAGUCUGCAGCCCCGUUUUGAAAAGAUGUGCAGUGCAGAACCGGCUCAUUGCAGCCACUAAUGCGGUGAUAAGACCCACAUAUUGAGUACUUCUUCUUGUUCUUGACUUGUUUAUUGUUCUUGCCAAAUGCAUUUGCUCUGUUGGCAAAGUAAAGCAAAAUUA